AUGGCUACAAAAUUAAUGAGUUGGAGUUCAAUUGCUUGUGUUUUCCUCGUGGGAGCUCUCCUACAAGUCGUUUACGGCUUUGAUUAUGAUGUUGGUGGCGAUUUCGGUUGGAACGUUCCACCAAUACCCACCUUCUUCUCCGAUUGGACUCAUAAUAAAACUUUCUUUGUUGGUGAUAAACUAGUAUUCCAAUCAAACUCGUCGGAGUUCCAUGACGUGGCAGAGCCUGAAAGUCAAACGGAUUUUGAUGGAUGUGUGAAACCAGGAAUUAGUUUAAGUACAUCAUCUGCCAUGUUAUCUGUUCUACUUGAUUCUCCCCGUCGUCGUUACUUCAUUUGUACAAUUGGCAAUCAUUGUAACGCGGGUAUGAAAUUUACUGUCGACGUUUUUGUAAACCCCAACUCUGCCUUGCUGCCACCGCCGCCGCCGCCGCCGAGCUCCGCUUCUUCCUUGAGAUUUGGUGCAGUUUUGGCUGCAGCAAUGACUGGAUUGCUCUUUCUCGUAACCAUAUAGUUAGUUAUGUUUAUUGCUGUUUCAUUAUUUUUCUCGUUUUGUGAUCAUGUUGUGUGUGUUCCCAUAUUGUUCCAUUGGUUUUUGUAGAUGUUUCUUAUUGUUUGAAUAAAUGCUAUUGUAAUAUUCAU